AGAGGGCACUUUAUAAGAAAACGCACACUCAUCUAUUGCUUUGUUCUCUUCAAAUCUCAAAACAUUCAUCACUUCACUCUCUCUCUCUCAAACCUUCAUGGAUUUCUCUCCCUUUCUCCUCUCUUUCAUUUUCAUCAUUCUACAUCUCUCUGGACAAAGAGUUGUACAAGGUGAAGUUGAUAUUCAACACUAUCAUCGUCUUCAUAAUGAGCCUAUAACAAAAUUGUUUGUGUUUGGAGAUUCAUAUGCUGACACAGGUAACAUCAAAAGAGGUUUUGCUCCUUCAUGGAAACAUCCUUAUGGUGUCACCUUCCCCGGCAAACCCGCCGGCCGUUUCUCCGACGGCAGAGUCCUCACCGACUUCAUUGCCAAGCAUUUGAAACUGCAACCACUGGCAUCAUACAGGAUAAGAAAACAUUUGGCACCACAUCGUUUGAAAAAUGGAAUGAGCUUUGCAUUUGGAGGUACUGGUGUGUUUGAGACAUUGAAUCCAGGUCCAAACUUGACAACUCAGAUCAGUUUUUUUCAAAAUGCAAUACAAGACAAAGUAUUCACAGCCUCAGAUGUUAGAAAUUCAGUUGCUCUUGUUUCUGUCGCUGGCAAUGACUACACUCGUUACAAUGUCAAAAAUGGCUCUAUCCAGGGUUUACCAUCAUUCGUAUCAUCAGUGGUGAAUCAAACAAUCACAAAUGUAAUUCGCAUCAAAGAAUUAGGAGUGAGAAAAGUGAUUAUAUCAAAUCUACAACCAAUUGGAUGUUUACCAGCAGUAACAGCUUCAUCUUCAUUCAAACUAUGCAACGAAACAACAAACGACCUCCUCGUAGGUUACCAUAACACGCUCUUAACCGACGCUGUCACAAAAUUGAACCAGCAAAUCAAUGAUAAUUCUUCAGUGCCCUUUAUAGUUCUUGAUCUAUACGAUAGUUUCAUGUCGGUGUUGAGGUCUCCAAGCACACACAACAUUAAGAAUGAGUUGGUACCUUGUUGUAAUGGAGUGAGUAGUAAGUAUUUUUGUGGAAGUAUUGUGAAGAAGGUUAAGAAGUAUACGGUUUGUGAGAAUCCUAAGUCUGCUUUCUUUUGGGAUUUGGUUCAUCCUAGUGAUGCAGGGUGGCAGGCUGUUUAUACAAGGCUAAGAAUAUCGAAUGCUCUUGAACAGAUUCAUUACUAGUUAUAUGAGUACUAAGAUUGGUUUUUGUUAGUUUUGUUUGUGUUGAAUAAUAAUACAUGUCCACUUAUUCAUUUUGUUUCUUAAAUUGUGUUUUGUUUGUAAUCAUUCUAGCUGUUGGAUUGUUAGCAAAAGCAUUUUUAGAUUCAUUGUUUUUUAUAAAAUCUUUCUUAUUUAAUAUUCUUUUAUUUCUUUUUCAA